GUUGGUUUGUGGUAUGUUCUUAUUUAAACAUUGUUAUAAACACUCCAAAUGUGUUUUAUUUAUGUAAAGAGGAUUGUUGUUUUCCUUGCAUUAUAGUGUGCGCGUUGUGUGUGUCUGGCCUAUGUACACACACACACAUCCAUGGUGUAGUCGAUCAUAUAUCAAUAAUCAAUCAUGUGACAAUGUUCGCUAUGCGUGCAAUGCAGGACUGGCCCUGCCCCUGAAGUGCCAAACCUCCUCUCAUGGACGCGGUGGGCGGGCUGUUGAUGGCCUAUAAAUGUCUUAAAGCUGGAGGGACAGUGGACAGACAGUCCCACAGGGUCCCCACUGGAGGGACGUCUGUGGUGAGCUGUGACGUCAUGCCUUGGUUGCUGUCGUCUCCGCCGGUAGCCGCGUCCUCGUCGCCAUCUCAGCGGCAUUGUGAGCGGACCGCCUUCGCCUUCUACUGCGCUGUGCGCGAGCAACUUCCGGUAUGGCUGCUGGAGGACAUGCGCAGUAUGGAGGUGUUCUUCUGGGAGGACGGCCGUCCGCGCUCCUUCUCUCCUGCCGACGCGCUGAUGUACGCGCUGGUGCACGACCACCGGGACUACGCACGGUACCUGCUCAGCAGCUUCUCCGUGAACGCGCUUCACGCGCCGCGCUGCAACGUGUGCCGCAGCAGCGGCGCGGCGCACCUGCACAUCGCGGUGCGCUACAACCGCCACGCCAUCCUUGGCCUGAUAGUUGACGCGCUGAGGGACUUGGCGCCAGACGGCUGGCGGCGGGAAUACCUCGACAGCUGCGGCGGGUGCGCGCACGCAGCCGACGCGGGAAAGACAGCGGUUCAGCUGGCUGUGGAGCUGUCGCGUGUGGACUGUCUGCUGCUGCUUCUCCUGCACGGCGCGCAGCCUCAAGGUCUGGAUGCAGCACUGCUGAGACUCGGCGGCGCGCCCGCUGGGGAUCGAAAUGACGCGCGUCGAUGCCUCGACCUGUUGCUGCUUUUCGUGGCAGAACCGCUGUCAGUUCGCCCCCUGCAGGACGAGCAGCAGCGCUGGCAAAACCUGCUAGGCAAUGACGUGUUCAGCUGGCUGAGCGGUCAGGCCCCGCCCCCUCUUCUGCACCAGGCUCUUAGGACAUUAGCCCGGUCUGUCCCGGGUCAAAUCAGGCAGUUGCCAGCUUUCCUGCGGCCACACGGCGAGAUGGGACCAGACGUUCCGUUGCCAUGGAAACAGAGUGACACAUGAUGCUUUGGUUAUUGCUGACUCAGGUGACUUUUAAGGAGCAUGAGCUGGUGUACAUUUUCUCUUUUGCAUAAUAAAAAGACUCAGUUAAUAAACAGCUUCUGAGUUUUAAUAAGUUCAUACUCACAUAUCCAGGUCUGGACUCUGUCCACUUAGGUCCAAAGUCCAGUAAAGUGCAGCUAUAAGUCUAUAGGUCGACUACAGUAGAGUCCAUUCAAGUUGUUGCAGUCCUGUUUAAAAGUUUUUCAACCAAUUCAUGUUUCAUUCCAUCACAUAAUUUUAAUAGAACCCACUAAACUCAAAGUAAGUCCAGACGAGUUCAUCAGAAUCUGCCAUAUUCUGCUGGAGUCCAGGUCUGCUGGUCCUUAUCACCCAACCAAAUGACCAAAAGAAAGUCAGGUCCUUUGACACAAAGCUGCAAAUAACAAUAAAGGAAAACUGCACUUUUUUUUGGGAAUUUUGCCCA